AUGAGUUGCCUUAGCUGGAACUGUCGUGGGCUUGGGAACCCACAGACAGAGGAUGAAGUAGUUGCCCUAAUAACUACAAAAGAUCCCAAGUUGGUUUUCUUAAUGGAAACCAAAGCUGACAAAUCUGCUUUAGAGAGAGUUGGUAGAAGGAUUCAAUUUACUAAUCUUUUCUUUGUUCCUUGUGUUAAUUCAGGUGGUGGCCUUGCUUUGUAUUGGAAAUCUGAUGUUGAUGUGGAUGUGCAAUCUUCUUCCAAUCGACAUAUUGAUGCUAUUAUUAACCAUGGAGUGGAUGACGCCUGGUGUUUCACAGGUUUCUAUGGAGACCCUGAUACAGCUAGCCGGGAAAACUCCUGGUCUCUUCUUCGAGAUUUAAGCCACCAUUCAUCGUUGCCUUGGGUGUGUUUAGGUGAUUUCAAUGAAAUUUUGUUUGCUGAUGAGAAAUUAGGUUGGUUGGAUAGACCGGAGCGACAAAUGCAGAGUUUCAGGGAUGCUUUGGACUUCUGUAGACUGAAAGACCUGGGUUUUAAUGGCUACCCUUUCACUUGGUGUAAUCGUAGACCGGGUGAUCAAAAUACCUGGAUUCGGCUAGACAGGGGUGUAGCAACCAUUGAUUGGAUCUUGAAAUUCCCCACCUCCCGCAUUCAUCAUCUAGAUGCUUUCCAUUCUGACCAUAAGCCGCUGUUGCUUUGUUCGGAUUCUGAAUUCAGGCGAUUUUAUAGAAAGGGUAAACCAUUUCGAUUUGAAGCUAUGUGGUUAAAAGAUUUAUCUUGUGCCAUUUCGAUUUGA